CAUUUGCCUCGUCAUCCCAUGCAUUUCCUAAUCCGCCGGUGCAAACGACGUAUUAAAGGCUUUGUUUUGAUAGCUUAGGCUGCUAACAAAAUGGAGGCGCGCGCUUCUUGAACCGUGAUCUCGGAUGUCUGAACAUGGAGAUGGGGAUGCAGAAGCGAGCUCAUCCGCCACUCUCAGACCAUCUUUUGCUCUGGGGAGAGCGCUGCCCGGCCGAAUAUCUCUGAAUCCUCCUCCGCCAGGCAGACUGACCUCUCUGCGCUCCAGAGACCUGACUCUGGGAGGAUAUAAAAAGAAAACCUUUGUACCAAAUGUUCACUCUGUUCGCAAAACUAAAGAUGAGUUACAGGAGGAGAUGCACACUGCGCCGAAGAAAGAGAGAAGAGAGAGGGAAGACAGACAAAGAGAGAGACGCCGACGAGAAAAACCUCAGACCAUUCAGUCUCACUCCAUCUUUGAGCAGGGUCCAGCGGACACCUACAGGAAGCUGGGUAAUUGGAGCGGCUCAAACCUGAGCGACUGCGAUCCCGCACUCGUGACAAAAUGCAUUAAAAAGGAAAAGAACAACAUCGAGGAUGACGAUAAUGAAAUUUUACAAAAACUCCAACGAGACGACUUUUUGGACGAUCCCGGAUUAAAAAAUGAUCCCAAGCAACGACCAAUCAGACUCCCGCUCUAUCAGUCAUGCAACUUUUUGUCAACGGAUGCAGCGAGUUCGUUUAAAGAGGACACGGCGUCUGAUAAUGCUCUGAAAGUAGCCAAAGCCGAGCAGAAAUACCCUGUGCCAGCGAGGGGCGCGUCUGCAUGUCCGCAGCAGCCAACGGUCGGAGAACUUUUCCAACGGCUGAGCGUUUCGGAUAAGGAAGAACUGCUGUUUAUUCAACUUCCCGAUACCAUACCUGGUCAACCCAAAACCUUGAGCCCAGAGAAACCCAGAAAGGAAGGCAAGACUGAAGAUAAGCGUUCGUCACAAAUUAAAGCUCUGGAUCUGCCCGAGAAAGCCCCUGUACCUAUGCUGUCAGACUUCUCUGAGGGUCUGAUUGGAAAAUUGCAAAUCAGAAAGUCUGGUAAAGUCCAGCUGGUCAUGGGAAACGUUACAUUAGAUGUCUCAGAGGGAGCCGCCUUCUCUUUCCUACAGCAACUGGUGUGUGUGCGGAUGUCGGAGGGCCUGACCGGAGACAUGACUGUGCUCGGAAACAUCACACACAAACUGGUGUGUUCACCCGAUUUUGAGACUUUGCUGCAAGAAGCCAAACUGUCAUCUGACCCCGGCUCGGCUUCAAAGUCCUGAUUUUAUCCCACUAGAAUAUAUCGUUAUAUUUAAGUUUUUUUUUAUUUUUAUGUAAACAUUUUAAACGUGAAGUUAACGCCCUGUAGUUGACAAUUGCAUUAUAAGAUCAUAUUCUAAUAGAGACAACUUGAUUUGUAUUUAAAGAGAGAGUCCAUCUAAAAAUGCAAUUGUCAUUUACUCACUCUACGUGUUAUAAGAAAAAAGUUUUGAAAAAAAAAAAAAUAUCAUAACAUUUUUCCUCCAUAGAAUGUAACUAUCUGUAAUUCGGCACAGUUUACGGAAAAGAGCAGCUCGGACAUUCUUUAAAAUACCUGAAUUUGUUUUACACAGAAUGAAGAAAGCCGGUUUUGGAGAGGUUAAGUAAAGUAUUUUAAAAAUGUAAAUCUUUUGUAAAUAGCUCCUGUUGCUUUUAUAGAAAAUGUUCGUGUUUAUUUUGUAAGUAAAGACAUUGUACAAAA